AUGGCUACAGUAAAUCGAAUGCAAUGCAUUCUACUGAUUUGCCUUACAUUGGCGUACACGUCGAGUAGUAUCCAGUGUUUCUACUGCAACAGUGCUAACAACAGUGCCUGCAUAGACCUGAGCAGUUUCGAGGAUGAGGAGAAAUUCCGCAUAAUACCUAUCGUUAACUGUGAGACCGCCAUACCUAGUCCAGUCGCCAUAGAAUUCUUCUGUCGUAAAAUCGUCCAGACCAUAUACCACCGCUUCAAGGACAAUGAGGUCCGCGUGACACGCGGCUGCGGCUGGAUCGAAAACAAGAACCCUUGCUACCAGAUCAGCAACAAUGAUCACCACGAGAUUGUGUGCGGAUGCCACAGCAAUUUAUGCAACGCGUCUGAUAGCCCAGACCCUGCACUCAUGUGCAUUAUAUUCGUCAUACUUGCUAGCUGCUUGUAUUUCUACAGGGAGUAA